AUGCAGUUCAGUCUGUUAACAACAUGGUCACGUCAAAUAGUAACGUUCAUUACUGUGUGUGCAGUCUUCACAGCAGGUGUUCCAAUAGAAAAACCACUAACAACAGCACCACAAUGGACCACUCACAACAUGUCCCUAUGGGAAGACGUAGUAUUAUUGAGCUCAGAUUCCAAUCAUCAGCCAUUGCUAGUGAUCAACCAAACUGGUGUUUACACUGCCCCAGACAUCGAAAAAAUGGAAAACGAGACAUUAAGAAAGUUUCAAAUAUUAAAAGCAAAUUACACAAAGUAUUUCUAUGACGUUAAUGGUGGAAAAAAUAAAGAAGACAGUCGAGCUUCGCGGGCUGCGCUGCCCGGGUUCGUGGACAAAGCGUUGCAAUUACUCAACUUAAACCAGGUCGUGGGCGAGGUGGAAACCAGCGUUAUGUCUAAAAUGUCAUGUACCGCUUGUAAAGCUGGCGCCGGUCUACUACAGCACUACAUAAAACACGGUAAAACACGCGAUGACAUUGUAAAGAUUACCUAUCAGUUCUGCACGAGCUUUAAAUUACAAACGCCACGUGUCUGUGAGGGAAUUACCGAACUAUUUAGUGGUGAAGUGGUUUACGUUCUGCAAAGAAUAAAUAUCGGACCCGAAGAAAUCUGCAGCUUUGUCAUUGGCGACGCAUGUGGAGAUGUGUACAACCCAACACACGAAUGGGAUGUAGUUUUUCCUCCUGUUCCCAAACCCACUCCGAACGAAAUUAAAAUAUUAAAAGAACCAGUUCCUCAGUUCAAAGUUCUCCAUUUGUCCGACACACAUUUUGAUCCAUAUUAUGAAGAAGGAACAAAUGCCGAGUGCAACGAACCUUUAUGUUGCCGUUUGACCAAUGGCCCAGCAGUUAGUCCUCAAAGCCGAGCCGGAAGAUGGGGAGACUACAGAAAAUGUGAUACUCCUAAACGAACCAUUGACAAUAUGCUUCAACACAUUGUUGCUACACACACUGACAUCGAUUACAUCAUAUGGACGGGUGAUCUACCGGCACACGAUAUUUGGAACCAGACGAAAGAAGAAAACUUGAGCAUAUUAAAGGAAACUGUGGCGCAGUUACUCAAAAUGUUUCCUGGAAUUCCCAUAUUUCCAGCGCUUGGGAAUCACGAAGCAGUUCCGGUGAAUAGUUUUCCACCGUCUUCGUUGGUCAACAAACCCGAGUACGCCAUCGACUGGCUGUAUAGCGAAUUGGACACACAAUGGCGACGUUGGUUACCUGGUUCGGUGAGCAGGACCAUCAAACGCGGAGCUUUCUACAGUGUAUUGGUCCGGCCUGGGUUCCGCAUAAUAUCGUUGAACAUGAAUUAUUGCAACAACAAAAAUUGGUGGCUAUUGAUGAACAGCACUGAUCCGGUCAAAGAACUCCAGUGGUUCAUAUACGAGCUGCAGAAUGCCGAAUUCAACGGUGAAAAGGUCCACGUGUUGGGACACAUACCACCUGGGCAUCCGGAUUGUUUGAAAGUCUGGAGUCGAAACUAUUACGCCAUAAUAUCCAGGUACGAAAGCACAAUUACAGCUCAAUUCUUUGGCCAUACCCAUUUCGAUGAAUUUGAACUGUUCUACGAUACACAAGACCUUGGUAGACCAGUGAGCAUUGCAUAUGUUGGUCCUUCUGUCACUCCAUACUACGAUCUCAAUCCAGGUUACAGAAUAUAUUAUGUAGAUGGGGAUAGAGAGCAUUCAACAAGAGCAGUGCUGGACCACGAAACAUGGGUGAUGAAUUUGAAAGAAGCUAAUUUAUACGACUAUCCUAUCUGGCAAAAAUUAUAUUCUACACAAGCGGCAUAUAGUCUACCUUCAUUGAGGCCUGAGGACUGGGAUGUGUUUAUUAAUAAUUUAGCUGAAGAUCAAACUUUAUUUGAUCUAUAUUACAAGCAUUACUGGAAAAACUCACCAACAAGACCUGCAUGCGAUGCAGAGUGCAAAAAACGUAUGAUAUGUGAUCUCAGAUCGGGCCGUUCACAUGACCGAAAGAUCUUAUGUCAAGAAAUUGAGUCACGUAUUGAUGCCGGUUCACGGAUUAGUUGGAGUGCAUGGCUAUACAAUGGGUUCACGGCCUCGAUGUCUGUUAUAAUGUCCAUACCUCGCUACACAUAUCAGAUACCUAAAUACCUACUAGGAUAUACAAGGUGA